AUGUUUGAACAGGUUAUUGGUGAAACAAGUGUACGAAAAGAUUGUGUGCAUAAUUUCUGGAAAGCUGUAGAUAUUUAUCUGUUCAAAACGCACGUUGUUAAUAAGAAAUUGUUUGGUGUUAAAACUUUGGCUCUCCUGACGAUCCAACAUACCGAGAGACCAGUGUUUGAUCAUGCAUUACUGGACGAUCUCUGUGCAGUACCGCUGGAACAAUUCGUGGAUCAAACCAGGCAGAUUUUUGCCCAGAGAAAUACGCAGCUGACUGAAGAAGCUCGGGACCAUGCUUCCGUUGACCAAUUGUCGCAGAAAGGAAGUGAUGGAGUGGUUGUACUGAAUCGACUCAUUCCGAAGAACAUUGGAGCUUUUCAAACGCUGGAUGUAGUUGGACUGAUUGAUUAUGGUUCCCGCUCGGUUCUUCUAAAAUGCAGGCAAACCGGGGAAGAAAACAGUCUGUUUCCAAAAUUUGCAUUUUCGUUGCAAAUCAUCGACGACAACCUAUCGAUCCGUUAUGAAUCAGCAGAGAGCAAUGACGAACGUUCAAUAUUCUGGUUACGUGAAAUAUUGCUUGGGAGGAUGCAGAAAUGGAUGGAAUCAGCUGUGCCAACGAACGCAACCGGUGUAUCUACCUCAUCCAUCCGCUCGCUUGCGUUAGUGGACAACUUGGAAGAGUACAAUUGCCUUUUCAAUGAGCUAAAGCAAAAGUAUGGUUUGUCCAUGGUGUCCAUUUGGCCCGAGUGUACCGAUCCACAGAAGUUCGUGUUCGAGGAUAUAGCCAUUGCCGCGUAUCUGCUGAUGCUGUGGAGGAAGGAACGAACCGAAACUGGUGAACAUAUGCUGCAAUCUUUCGUUGACAUAGGCUGUGGCAAUGGCCUGCUUGUAUAUAUUCUCGCCUCUGAGGGCCACAGAGGGUACGGCAUUGACUUAAGAAAACGGAAACUUUGGGACCUCUACCCAUCUGGGGUCGUAUAUUUGCGUGAGCAAACACUUGUGCCAUCCAACUCAUCUUUGUUUCCGGACAUUGACUGGAUAAUAGGAAAUCACUCCGACGAACUUUCACCGUGGAUUCCGGUGAUUGCGGCGAGAAGUUCUUAUAGGUGCCGAUUUUUUCUACUUCCAUGCUGUGCCUACGAGUUCGAUGGGAGCAAGUAUCAACGGCAAAACUGUAACCUGAGCCAGUAUGGUGAUUUUUUGAACUAUGCGAAUCACAUAGCGGAGAUUUGUGGGUUUCGCGUGGAGACGGAUCGAUUGAGAAUCCCGAGCACCAAGCGAACGUGUCUCGUUGGAGGAUCUCGAAAUUACCCUGCAUCGGUUCAUGACGAGCAUGAUUCUAAAAUACAAGCAUUCAUUAACGAUAGAACUAAAGUUACAAAUGCAUCAGUAGAUGAGCCUUUAAAUACGGUCAACGAUACUUGGUCUUCCAGCUUUAAGCCGCGUGAAAGUACGGAAAAGGUUCGUAAUUGUACACAAGUUGAUCGUUCCGUUAUAGAUAAAAUCGUUAUGCUGGUGUUUGGCGAACUGUUGGCCAAAAGAAAAGUACUGCCCGAGUUCACCAAUGUUAACUGGAACUCUGGAGGCACGAUCACGAUUGCCAAUCUCGUCAAAACGAUACCCCAAGAACAGCUGACCGCCCUGAAGGCUGAAUGUGGUGGACUACAAACGUUGCUGAGAAAUAACCAUCAAAUAUUCCGCGUCGAAAGUGGAACGGUUCAGAUUCGAAUACCGACGAAAGUAUCGGAGAUCCCUGAUGCUGGGCUUGCUAAGAAAAUGAAAAAAGUGAAGAAUUUUAAGCCCAUCAAUUUUAAACAGAGAGUCUGUUGGUUUUUUGCCAACCAUCCGGAUGGAUGUCCGCUGGAAGAGAGGGAGUGUAGAUUUAACCACGGGAGUUAAUAUAAUAAAAGAAAUAAUUGGGUAAUGAAAA